AUGCCGUACAUCACGCCGGCCAUGCUGGGCAAGGUGCAGCAGGAUGCGUCUGCCGUGCGCAAUGUGUGCAUCCUCGCCCAUGUGGACCACGGGAAGACAACGCUCUCCGACUCACUCAUCGCCACCAACCAGAUCAUCUCAUCGCGACUGGUGGGAGAGGUGCGAUACAUGGACUCGACGCCCGAGGAGCAGGCACGGGGCAUCACCAUGAAGGCAUCGGCCAUCUCGCUUCUCCAUGGUUUCAUGCCCAAGGAGGCAGACAAGCCGCAGCCGCAUCUCAUCAAUCUCAUCGAUUCUCCCGGUCAUCUCGACUUUGCUCAGGAGGUCUCCACCGCUGUCCGCAACUGCGAUGGUGCACUGGUCCUCGUCGACGUCCUCGAGGGCGUCUCCAAGCAGACUCAUGGCGUGCUCGAGCAGGCCUGGCGGGAGCAGCUCACCCCGAUUCUGGUCUUUAACAAGAUCGAUCGCCUCAUCCUCGAGCUCAAGCUCGAUCCCAUGGAGGCCUACGAGCACAUGCGCCAGCUGCUGGAGCAGGUCAAUGUUAUCACAGGCACUCUUUUUGUCUCGGACUUGCUCUCCAAGUACGACUCGGCCGCCGCGAACUCAAGCGAUGGGGCAAGCGGCGGCACGACGGCUGCCGGCGACAGCCCGAACGACGACGACAUCUGGGCCGACGCCGACGACAAGGACCUCUACUUUUCGCCCGAGCGCGGUAACGUGCUCUUUGCCUCAGCCAUCGAUGGCUGGGCUUUUUCGCUCGAGCACUUUGUCGAGCUGUACGCAGCUAAGAUGGGCGCGUCGCGCAAGGCGCUCUCGCGCACUCUCUGGGGCCCUUACUACUACCAUCCCAAGAAGAAGACCAUUCUUAAGCACGACGACGCCAAGGGCAAGCUCAAGCCGCUCUUUGUCUCGCUUGUCCUCUCCAACAUCUGGUCCGUCUACACCGCGUCGGUCGUCGCGCCCGACCCGGACAAGAUCGACAAGAUCGUGGCCUCGCUCAAACUUCGCAUUCCGGCCCGCGUCCUCCGCUCCAAGGAUCGCCGCAUCCUCGCCAAGACCAUGAUGGCGCAGUGGCUCCCGCUUGCCCCGGCCAUCCUCGACAAGGUCGUCACCGUCCUUCCCUCGCCGCGCACCGCGCAAGCGCUCCGCUUCCCCAUGCUCCUCCCGACGCUGGCGAGCCCCGAGCCGCCAGCCCACCUCGAUGCCGCCGUUGGCACCGCCGUCGCCGCCUGCGACCCGCUCGCUCCGGUCACGCUGGCCUUUGUCUCCAAGAUGGUCGCCUUUGCCGCAGACACCCUUCCGGCGCCCGAGCAGGUCAUCUCCACUGCGUACCGUGACAAGCGCCAGCGCGAGAAGGAUGGUGACGCCGCAGCAAGCGCUAGUGCGGACGGCGGCGCGCCUGACGCGUCCGACGACGUCGACCCGGGCAUCCCGUUGCCCGACGACUUUGACGAGGCCGACGCCGCCGCCGCCCGCGCCGCAGCCGCGGCGUCAAGCUCGGCCGCCAGCGCCCCGGCGCAGUCGCGCUCGCCGGACGACACCAUCUUUGUGGCCUUCACCCGCGUCUUUGCCGGCACGCUCUCAGUCGGCGACACGGUGUAUGUGCUCGGGCCCAAGUACGAUCCGCGGCGGCCGGACGAGCACGUGGCGUCGAUCACCAUCACCACGCUCUUCCUCAUGAUGGGCCGCUCGCUCGAGUAUGCUCAGUCGGUCCCUGCCGGCAACGUGUGCGGCAUCGGCGGGCUGGAGGAUGUGGUCUUCAACACCGCCACGCUCUCGACCUCUCUCGCCGUUCCCUCGUUUACCGCCAUGCAGCAGCAAGUCGCGCCCAUUGUGCGCGUCGCGGUCGAGCCGCGGAACCCGGCUAACUUGGCCAAGGUCAAGGACGGCUUGCGCAUCCUCAACCAAGCCGACCCGUGCGCCCAGGUUCUUGUUCAGGCCAAUGGCGAGCACGUCCUUCUUGCUGCCGGUGAACUCCAUCUGCAAAAGUGUCUCAAGGAUCUCCGUGAGCGCUUUGCAAAGUGCGCCGUCUGGGCCUCGGACCCCAUUGUGCCGUACCGCGAGACCGUUGUCUCGCUUGUCGACGAUGCCAACGUCGACUCGCGUGCCGCCACCGACGUUGCGCCCGAGGCUCGUGCCCGCGCUGCCGCCGCCGUCGCCGCCGCUGACGCCGGCCUCGCACACCCAAUCAUGGCGCUCGCGACGCCUUCGAACGAGACGAGCCGCUCGUCAGCAGCGACUUCUCUGGCUCCUUCGGAUUCCGACGGCGCCGCGUCGAGUAGCGCGCCCGACGCGCCGGCGCCUGCCGACGAUGUAGACGGCGACAUCGACACCACGGCGGCCGGGCGGCUCGGACGCGGGCUUGCGUGGGCUUUCCACCUCGGCCCGACGGCGCCGGUUGUCGCCGCGCUCUCGGCUGACAAAACUUGCGCCGUGUUUGUGUCGGCGGCGCCGAUGCCGGGCUCGCUAGUGGGCGCCAUUGACGCCGCGCGCGAUGCGCUCAAGGACGCGAUGGGCACGUCGGCGAGCGCGGCGCAGGACGCGGUGCGCGAGACCGGGCUCGCACCCGCGUUUGAGGCCGCCGGAUGGGGCCAUCUCGUCGACGCGGUGGCGGCGCUCGGCCCGUCGCGGGUCGGGCCCAACGUCCUGCUCAACGGCCUCGCGGCGGCGACGGAUGCGGAGCUCGUCGACGAGCUCAUGUCGUCGAUGGCGACCGGGUUCCAACUGGCGACCUCGGCCGGCCCGCUCUGCGCCGAGCCGUUGAUGGGAGUGGCGUUUGAGGUUGUCGGCCUGCUGCGGAUUGCCGGCGCCGAGGUCAACUCGGCCGCCGCCGCCAACUACGGCCCGCUUGCCGGGCAAAUGAUGUCUGCUAUGAAGAGUGCAGCUGGCGAGGCGCUCCUCGCACAGUCGCCGCGGCUGAUGGAGGCCAUGUACAAGUGCGAGGUGCAGGCCAACGCCGACUCGCUGGGCAAGCUCUAUGCGCUUCUUUUCCAGCGGCGCGGCAAGGUUCUCAACGAGUCGAUGCGCGAGGGCACGCCGUACUUUGUCAUCGAGGCCCUGCUCCCGGUCUCCGAGUCGUUUGGCCUCGCCGACCGCAUCCAGCGCUCGACCACCGGCGUCGCCGCCCCUCAGCUUGCUUUUGCCUCGUUUGCCACCAACCCGCUCGACCCGUUCUGGGUCCCGCGGACCGAGGACGAGCUCGAAGAGUACGGCGCGACGACCAACGAGCCGAACAAGGUCUUUGCCCUCAUGAACGCCGUCCGCUCCCGCAAGGGUCUGGAGAUCUUUGAGAAGCUCGUCGAGCACGCUGACAAGCAGCGGACGCACAAGCGCAACAAGUAAGACUACGUUCAGAGUG